AGCGUACAAAGUGAAUAACGUGUGAAUUUUGACGAGUAUUUAAAAUAGUUUUUUAAAUAUUCAAUUUAUAUCAAUUCCGUUAACGUAGAGGAGCCAUUUCAUAAAAGCUUGUCCAAUGUGUUUGACUAAACGUAAAGCAUCUGAGGUAUCGAAAUUUUAGUACGUCAAAGUGCAAUCUACUAAAUAUUAUUGGUUAGAAAUAACAGCGGUCGUUUUUGAAAAUGGAAAUGGUUCUUAAUCGAAGUACGAGAUUCGUCACUGUCUUAGGGUUCAGUCCAAUGUUCGUAACUAAAAAUUUGUUAGAUUCAGUACGUUUCAUACAGUGUACUGACCCGAGACGUUGGAAAUUUAAACUUACUGAAAGGUAUCCGUGUUACGGGCGCUUAUCGUGUACUUAUGUUCCAAUCUUUAAUCGUAUUACUGUGCAUCAGCUACCAUUCAGGUGUAAUAUUUACAAAAAUGAUAUAUCAGUUGCGUGUUACUGUAAUUCAAAGCAAAGUCCUAAAGAAAACAAUGUACAGUCAGAAUCGCCAAAAAAGAUGUCAGUAUUUGCAAAGAUGAAGCAGAUGACCAAAGAUUAUUGGCACGUCUUAUUGCCAGUGCAUAUAGUUACUUCUUUAGGUUGGGUUGCUAUAUUCUAUGCAGCGAUUAAGAAUGGUGUAGAUAUUCCAAAAUUGCUGGAAUUUAUGAAGUGUAGUCAAAAGUAUUUAGAUAUGGUACAACGAUCUGAUGCAGGAAAUUGGGCUUUAACAUAUGUCUUAUAUAAACUAUUUACACCUCUUAGAUAUACAGUGACAUUAGGACUUACAACAAUGGCCAUAAAACGUCUCAGCAAAACAGGAUAUGUGAAACCUUUGCCAUUUGGUAAACAUGCUACAGUAAUACCCAAGCCUGCGUGUGAAACUCUGUACAACAGAAUCAAAUAAAUCUAUGGCAACACACAAGACGGCAUUUAAGACGGAACGACAAGUGGAACCCCCGAAAACGUAGCGACGUAACAGAACUAACGAAUUUCGAACUGAAUUUGAAGUUUCGGUUUUUGUAGAGUUCAAAACUGGAAUUUACGAACAAAUUGCCUCUUGUGAAAUAUGUAAUAUUAUAAUGUUAUGAUAAAAAUAUCUUGUGAAACGUUGUACCAAAAAUUUCCCAUCAACUUCUAUCCUUUGCCUCUAUAAAUCAAUUGAUACAAAUUAACGUUGAUCAGGUAUACUCUUCUUUAUUGAACGGUUGUUUUUUACAUACCGUGCAUACAUUUAAAUAAAAUUGUACUUUUUAUCUACAAUACUCGCAGCUUAGACCUAACCUAGACACAAAGAUAUUAAUUAAUCUUGAAAUGUAGCAAAUUUUUUGGCAGCACGAGUUGUGCGUUGUAACGCCGUAAAAUUAUUUACGAUAAUGCACCAAAUCUUAUUUUACAUCUCUAUUCGCUCAAGCACGGGGUUUUGUGUAAUUUUGAGCUUCAGCGAUAACAAUCGUACAAUUAUAAAUCAUUUCGUUAAUUCCUGAGCAAUAUCGAUAAAUCUCAAGAGUGUUGCGUAUGUUUUCGUACUAAUGACCGAUACACAAUAUAUUGUCAUAAUAAAUACUGUUAGCAAACGUGAUGUUAUCACGUAUGGUAAGAUGUGCUAUCAUCAUAGAAUUUCAGCAUUGAACGUAUCCAAAUAUCUUAGGACUCGAUUAUUGAGAUCCAUAUACUACCGUCGAACCUCGUCGCGGUGGACACGUCACAGCAAUAGGAUUAUGUAUAUAUAUAUUUAUAUAUUAUAUACAUGAAUUAAAAUAAAGGAAUUAUUACUUAACGACAUGUU